AUGUCCUCCGAGACUCCUCUGCUCGAUCCCUCCAUCUUCUCCCACCUCCAGGAGAAGCUCGAUGAAGAGACCGCCGUUCGUGAUAACCUCACCCAGAUUAUCCAGCGUCUCGAGCGCGCCGUUGCCACCGCUCAAGGUCUUCUCUCUCGCGUCCACUCAACGCCGCGCGCUCGCUACCCUGCGCUUGUGUCACAGGUUGAGGAUGCUAUCAAGGAAGAGGUCACUAUUGUGAAGGAGCUGAAUGAGGUGGCUAGCAAGCAUCCAUACUACAAAUACAACAGCAAGUGGGCGAGAACCGUUCAAAAUGCUAUCGGCACCGCUGUCUACACUGCCUGGCUCGGCGGUCUAGGCUCUGAUGCCCAGCCUGCUUCUCUCGGUCGCCUUCUCACUCUCGAGCAAGUUGGCGAGGUCUUCCAGGGUUCGCGAGCCAUCUCCAAACUAACUAGAAACCUUGACGCUAACAUGCCCCCAGUGCCCACAAACCUCAAGGACCGCGAUGCCUUCCACUUCACCAUCGAGGAGUAUCUCCUAUCUCUGACUGACCUCACCAACGAGCUUGCCCGUCUGGCUCCCAACGCUGUCACCCUCGGAGACUUCGAGCUUCCUCUCGUUAUUAGCGGGUUCAUCAAGGAUCUCUUCGCUGGGUUCCAGCUUCUCAACCUCAAGAACGACAUUCUCCGCAAGCGAGCAGAUGCUGUCAAGUAUGACGUCAAGAGGGUCGAGGAUGUUGUCUAUGACCUGAGCCUGCGUGGAUUGGUCAAAAGGGCUGGAGAGGGUGACACGGAGAUGGCUGCUGCCGAGUAG